UUUUAAUCAGAGAGAGACAGAUUAACUGAACCACAGAUAAUAUAGAUGGGGGGAGAUAGAGAGAGGCAGAGAAGGUGUCAGAGGUAAACAUAGAAAGAGAGAGCAAGCAACUGACGAGAGGAGAGAGAAUAUUAGAGAGAAUAAAGAGAUUCUCCAAAACAAAAACACAUGACACGCUGGCCGGGUGUUUCUCCACUUGGCGAGAGAGUGAAAGAUCAACGGAACAUCAGGACACCAUUAUGAGGAGGAAGAGCUAACAACACACUCAUCACAUCACAUCUGGGAGUAUUUGAAGAAAUGCAGCUGUGUGGUGAGUGAUCAUUGACCACAACCAUCAACAUUGCAACCACAACCACAACCACAACCACAACCAUCAACACUGCAACCACAACCACAACCAUCAACAGUGCAACAAGGACCCACAACCAUCAUCAGUGCAACAAGGACCACAACCAUCAACCCCAACCCCUGACUGUGAUCGGAGCAAUCAUAGUUCUAUUGGAGUCCCUGCUUUAAGUGAUUGCCAUUUAUUUUUCUAAUAUGCUUUUAUUAGUUAAUGUUUCCCUGGAAAAACAGUGACACAUGUUAUUGCUCUGUGGAGAAAUACUGGCUACAUAAAGAUGAACUGAACUCCUGACCUUUAACUCCAACCCUGACCACAUCAUGAACGCUGUCCUUCUGGCCGUGAAGUGGCUGUGCUUGGUCUGGGCCGUGACGUGGCCUGUAACCAUGGUGACAGGGAUCCGUAACCCAGGACGACGGAGGCACAAAGACGUUUACUUGGGGGAGCACAGCAAGAACAAACACAGAGGGCGUAUAGACCAUAAACUGAUGCGACAGGACAGCACCAAGUCUCUACUCAUUAAGACUGAACAGCUGCUGAGGAUCGAGGAGCACGACUUCGCUAUGAGACCUGGCUUUGGAGGUGCAGCCAUCCCUGUAGGCAUUGAUGUGCAGGUGGAGAGCAUCGACAGCAUUUCAGAGGUCAACAUGGACUUCACCAUGACUCUGUACCUGCGCCACUACUGGAAGGAUGAGCGGCUGGCGUUUCCAUCUCGUAGCAACGUGAGCAGGACAUUUGAUGGGCGUCUGGUGAAGAAGAUGUGGGUUCCUGACGUGUUCUUCGUCCACUCCAAGAGGUCCUUCAUCCAUGACACCACCAUGGAGAACAUCAUGAUCAGGGUCUAUCCUGACGGAAGCAUACUCUACAGCGUCAGGAUCACAGUGACUGCUCUCUGCUCAAUGGACUUCAGCAGCUUCCCUCUGGACACACAGAACUGUUCACUGGAACUAGAGAGCUAUGCGUAUAAUGAGAAUGAUCUGAUGUUGUAUUGGAAGAAUGGCAACGACUCUCUGAGGACAGAUGAGAUGGUUCUCUCUCAGUUCUUCAUCAAGAAGUUCCACCCUUCCAGUGGGCUCGCCUUCUACAGCAGCACAGGUUGGUAUAACAGGUUGUAUAUAAACUUCAUCCUGAGGAGACAUAUCUUCUUCUUCAUGCUGCAGACAUAUUUCCCCACCAUGCUGAUGGUUCUGCUGUCCUGGGUCUCCUUCUGGAUUGACAGGAGGGCUGUGCCUGCACGUGUCUCCCUAGGUAUCACUACAGUACUGACCAUGUCAACCAUCAUCACUGGUGUGUCCUCCUCCAUGCCACAGGUGUCCUAUGUGAAGGCAGUGGACAUCUACCUGUGGACCAGCUUCCUGUUUGUGUUCCUGUCAGUGAUAGAAUAUGCUGCUGUCAACUACUGCUCUACGCUAGAGGAGAUGAGACGACUGAAGAGAGGAAAGCUCCCAACCUCGUACAACACCAGAAAAGCCAUGGCCUUCGACGGCUGUUUCCAUGACAGUGACAUUGAGCUGACCCCGUUCCCCCGUCUGCCAACCUCCAUGACCUCCAGCCAUCACAGAACUCCACUCCAGAACCCUGAGGACCCACCCAUCGAGGGGACACGUCUCCGCCGGCAACGGUCGGUGCAGGAGAACGUGGAUCUGCUACUUAGCAACAGCUACUUGAUCGACUCGUACUCCCGCAUGGCCUUCCCUCUGUCCUACCUCCUAUUCAAUACCAUCUACUGGAGUAUGUACUCCUCCUGAGGGACCCUACUGAGUAUAGUGCUGGGACCCUACUGACUAUAACUCCUUCCGAGGGACGGUCCUACUGAGUACUGGGACCAUACUGAGUAUGUACUCCUCCUGAGGGACCCUGCUAAGUAUAGGGACUUGUGGAACGACAUUUAUUGGAUAUUUCAAACUUUUUUAACAAAUCAAAAACUGAAAAAUUGGGCGUGCAAAAUUAUUCAGCCCCCUUAAGUUAAUACUUUGUAGUGCCACCUUUUGCUGCGAUUACAGCUGUAAGUCGCUUGGGGUAUGUCUCCAUCAGUUUUGCACAUCGAAAGACUGAAUUUUUUUCCCAUUCCUCCUUGCAAAACAGCUCGAGAUCAGUGAGGUUGGAUGGAGAGCAUUUGUGAACAGCAGUUUUCAGUUCUUUCCACAGAUUCUCGAUUGGAUUCAGGUCUGGACUUUUGACUUUGCCAUUCUAACACCUGGAUAUGUAUAUUUUUGAACCAUUCCAUUGUAGAUUUUGCUUUAUGUUUUGGAUCAUUGUUUUGUUGGAAGACAAAUCUCCGUCCCAGUCUCAGGUCUUUUGCAGACUCCAUCAGGUUUUCUUCCAGAAUGGUCCUGUAUUUGGCUCCAUCCAUCUUCCCAUCAAUUUUAACCAUCUUCCCUGUCCCUGCUGAAGAAAAGCAGGCCCAAACCAUGAUGCUGCCACCACCAUGUUUGACAGUGGGGAUGAUGUGUUCAGGGUGAUGGGCUGUGUUGCUUUUACGCCAAACAUAACGUUUUGCAUUGUUGCCAAAAAGUUCAAUUUUGGUUUCAUCUGACCAGAGCACCUUCUUCCACAUGUUUGGUGUGUCUCCCAGGUGGCUUGUGGCAAACUUUAAACAACACUUUUUAUGGAUAUCUUUAAGAAAUUGCUUUCUUCUUGCCACUCUUCCAUAAAGGCCAGAUUUGUGCAAUAUACGACUGAUUGUUGUCCUAUGGACAGAGUCUCCCACCUCAGCUGUAGAUCUCUGCAGUUCAUCCAGAGUGAUCAUGGGCCUCUCUGAUCAGUCUUCUCCUUGUAUGAGCUGAAAGUUUAGAGGGACGGCCAGGUCUUGGUAGAUUUGCAGUGGUCUGAUACUCCUUCCAUUUCAAUAUUAUCGCUUGCACAGUGCUCCUUGGGAUGUUUAAAGCUUGGGAAAUCUUUUUGUAUCCAAAUCCGGCUUUAAACUUCUUCACAACAGUAUCUCGGACCUGCCUGGUGUGUUCCUUGUUCUUCAUGAUGCUCUCUGCGCUUUUAACGGACCUCUGAGACUAUCACAGUGCAGGUGCAUUUAUACGGAGACUUGAUUACACACAGGUGGAUUGUAUUUAUCAUCAUUAGUCAUUUAGGCCAACAUUGGAUCAUUCAGAGAUCCUCACUGAACUUCUGGAGAGAGUUUGCUGCACUGAAAGUAAAGGGGCUAAAUAAUUUUGCACGCCCAAUUUUUCAGUUUUUGAUUUGUUAAAAAAGUUUUAAAUAUCCAAUAAAUGUCAUUCCACUUCAUGAUUGUGUCCCACUUGUUGUUGAUUAUUUACAAAAAAAUACAGUUUUAUAUCUUUAUGUUUGAAGCCUUGAAAUGUGGCAAUAGUUCGCAAAGUUCAAGGGGGUCGAAUACUUUCGCAAGGCACUGUAUAUACACACACUACCAGUCAAAAGAACAACUACUCAUUUUUUUAACUAUUUCCUACAUUGUAUAAUGAUAGUGAAUACAUCAAAACUAUGAAAUAGCACAUAUGGAAUCAUGUAGAAACCCAAAAAGUUAUAAACAAAACUAAAUAUAUUUUAUAUUUGAGAUUCUACAAAUAGCCACCCUUUGACCUGAUGACAGCUUAGCAACCUCUUGGCAUUCUCUCAACCAGCUUCACCUGGAAUGCUUUUCCAACAGUCUUGAGGGAGUUCCCACAUAUGCUGAGCACUUGUUGGCUGCUUUUCCUUCACUCUGCGGUCCAACUCAUCCCAAACCAUCUCAAUUUGGUUGAGGUGGGGGGACUGUGGAGGCCAGGUCAUCUGAUGCAGCCCUCCAUCACUCUUCUUCUUGGUUAAAUAGCCCUGACACAGCCUGGAAGUGUGUUGAGUCAUUGUCCUGUUGAAAAACAAAACAUAGUCAAACAAAAAAACUAUUUGGACUCCAGAAAAAAGGACACAUUUCCACCGGUCUAAUGUCCAUUGCUCGUGUUUCUUGGUCCAAGCAAGUCUCUUCUUAUUAUUUCUGUUUCUGUGAAGCAAUUCAACCAUGAAGGCCUGAUUCAUACAGUCUCCUCUGAAAAGUUGAUGUUGAGAUGUGUCUGUUGAAUUCUGUAAAGAAUUUAUUUUGGCUGCAAUUUCUGAGGCUGAUACCUAUAAUGAACUUUUCCUCUGCCGCAGAGAUAACUCUGGGUCUUCCCUUCCUGUGGUGGUCCUCAUGAGAACCAGUUUCAUCAUAGCACUUGAUGGUUUUUGCGACUACACUUGAAGAAACUGUCAAAGUUCUUGACAUUUUCUGUAUUGACUGACCAUGUCUUAAAGUAAU